AUGGGGUUUCUUGACUUAUUCCGCCGAAAGGUGACUGUUCAACCGGAACAAAAAUGGGACUUUAUCAGUCUCAAUGACUUCAAGUCCACAUCGAUCUUUACCCCUCUAGCGUACGCCUACCUAUGGGUUUCCAUCUGUAUCUCGUGCGCCGUCUACGUUGUCGACAUUUUCACCAUGGUUCAACUUUUGGCUUUCAAGCAGCAGUGGUCUUCCCAGGUUCAAUCGGCCUCGAUCAUUCCCCCCGACGUAUCAAAAUGGAUCUUCACCAUUUGCAUCAUUCUUUCUGCUGUCAACCUCAUAUACGAGCAUAUUCGUGCCAACCGGGCUAUGCGCACCGGAAGUGUCGCCGAGUCAUUCCUUGAUCACUUGGCCGCGAAACUCGAGAGUUUGCGCAUUUUCGGCGGAAAAGGAUGGAAGCGAUUUCUGGUUUUCGCUGCCUUGACUGAGAGUAAAAAGGGCGUCGAGUAUAUUGCUCUGUUCUGCUACUUUAAUUUCCAAUCAUGGAUCCGUGUUCUUCUAUGUUCUGGACCUCGCCAGGUUGUGAACGCAUUCAGUCUAUACUCCUUCUUCACCAGUGAACUCAGGAUAGACGGCCAGGACUUUGGAGACUCGGUAAUGGAUUUCUUCAGAAAGAUCGAGGCUUUCGCCGAGAACGACUACCGCCAAGCUGCUACUCUAUCCGGCAUGUGCUUUACACUGGUCAUCUGGAUCUUUUCAUUCCUGUCACUGCUGCUCUCCGCCGUCUUCUUCGUCUGCUUCCUGUGGUGUUACAUCCCUCGGGCGGAUGGCGGCUUGACUGGGUUCUGCGAGCGCAAGGUCAACAAGCGCUUGAAGCAAAUUGUGUCGGCCAAGAUCAACGCGGCAAUGGCUGAGGAGGAAGAAAAGAGGAAGAAGGCGCAGAUGAAAGCCGCCAAGAAGAAGGGCGAAGAUAGGCCGAUGACGAUGAAGGCGACACUACCAAAUGUUGGCGCUAGCAUUGAAAGCAGAACCGAGAAGUUGCCCGAAAUGCCAUCGCUCAGCAGGCAAGAUACCAUGGCCACCCUUCCGGCCUGCACCUCCCGACCGUCUACCCCCGGAGGCUACGAGCUUGGUUCGAUCGAAAAGCGACCGAUGCCGCCAUCCCGUGCAGGGACUUUUGCGACACAAUUCUCUGGUACCUCCAGUACGUCACUCAUCGGUGCAGCUGCCGAACCCGCUAGACAGCGCGCCAAUGAUGUUCCUACUGUUCCCAAGAUCGAUAUGAACAAUAUCCCGCCGACAAGAACAGCAACCAUGCUCUCGAAAAACAGCUAUGGAUUUGCGUCGCAGUCGAACUUCGAACCCCGUCCUCUUGCGAGGGCCGCCACUGGGCUUUCCAACUACGAUACGGGAUCGCCUCAGUCAGACUUUCAGCCUCGCUCUCUUGCUAGAACGGCCACUGGCCUAUCCAACGUCAGUUCUGCGCCUUCGCAGCAACCGAGCUUUCAGCCUCGGCCACUCACCAGAGCUGCGACUGGCAUGUCUAACAUUGGUCCUGGGCCUCAGCCGCAGCUUCAGCCGAAUCAGCCUCGUCCUCUUACUCGGGCUGCGACUGGGCUGUCUAACCCGAGCGCUGGAUCCCAGUCCCAAGCGAACUAUCAGCCCCCUAGGGCUGGAACAGUUCCACCUCAAAACAACUUUGGACCUGGCAUGCAACAACCACCUCCUCCUAGGGUUGGAACAGUCCCUCCGAGGAACGAUUUCGGACCUGCAAUGCAACAGCCAAAUUCUUCGUUCGGACGCGAUUAUACUGCUAGUCCUGCGCCUUACUCGAACCAGCCCGUCUUCCAGCCCCCUGCCAGGGCGCCGACUGCUCCUCCGAUGAGCUAUCCUAACAAUAACUACAGGGGUGUCGAGCCGACACCGAUCGGACAUACGUAUACUGGUAACCUCGGAAAUCAGAAUCAACACGACAACUUCUCGAGCGGUAGCCAAGUAUCUCAAACCAACAAUCCCUAUGGUGGCCUCGGUGACCAUAUGUCGAAUGGGUACGAUCGUGAUGGCUACGGUGGUGGUUAUGGCCAGGAUAUUUAUGGACAGGACAGCUACGGACAACCAGGAUAUGGGUAUGAUGCCACCGGCCAUGACAACUACGGACACGACAGCUAUGGGUAUCCUACGCAGAACAACUCACAGAUGCCACCAAGGCUGGGAAGUGCUCCACCGCCACAAACGCAACCCGGAUACCAACCGUAUAUUCCCCAAAGGAACAUGACUGCGCCGCCGGAGGGGCAACCACAAUAUCGCCAUCAGCAGAACCCUAGUAAGAGUUCUCUGACUAGUGUGGCUGAACUACCAGCCGAAUUACCGGUCAAAACCCCGAGUGAACAGCACCCCUCGGCCAGAGCAGGAAGUGUCACAUCAGAUUAUCUCGAGUACAUGAUGGACGGCUCACCUAGCUCAAGGAAGACGGAUGCUGCUCCCAAGCCGAGAAAUGGGAGCGUAAGCAGCCAAGGUAGUGCUGCUGCUAACCAGGAAGCCAAGAGCAGUGGGGCGCACUCUAGGCAAGGAAGCGCUGAUAGUGUUUCCAGGGCUGUUGACUCUGGCACUAAGAGCAGAAGCAGCAGCAGGAAGGGAAGCAUAGCUUCUUCAGUCGGCAGCAGUGAUCCUCACCAAAGGCAAGACAGUGUUGGCAGUGUUGCGUCCACUGCUUCUCGCCGGGAUCUGGAGGACAACAGCACUACUGCUGCUCAUGCCAGGCAAGCCAGCAGCGAUAGAGUCGCCCCCACCCAGACUCCCGCCAGCCGCGAGGACUACUUUGCCAACAACACCCUCAUCCGACAAGCAAGCAACGCUGCUGCUCCUUCCAGGGAUUAUCUCGGUAGCAGCAACGAUAACGAUGCCAGACCAGGGAGCAGCCAGAGCCGGGCCACUUCUCAGCAGCAGGAUGACGACGAAGACGAUUAUUUCGGCAUCAACCGUGCUCUCUCCCAACGCCAACAGAGAGGCGGUGCUUCUUCCGAUCGCGAGGUCGACAACAGUGAUGUUGAAGAUUACUUCGGUCCCACCACCUUUGGCAACACCUUCAUGCGGACCAACACAGCCCCCAUUGCUCUAGACAGCAACAACAACAACGAUAACUAUGAUGGUGUAAGGCCGAUAGCAAGGACGGCUACUGCUCCUCCUUUCCUCCAGCAGGUGCAACAACAGCAGCAACCUCAGCAAAGGCAACAACAACAGCAGUACAUGCUGCAGCACCGAGAGCAGGACGAGGAGGACUAUUUCAGCCAACCGAGCUACCAAUCGAGCUAUCAACCGAGCUACAACAAUUACAACAACAACGUUAAUAACUACAACAACACCACCAAUAAUGCUAUCAAUAACAAUGCCGGUAGAAAUAACAACAACAAUAACGGAUGGAACGAGGAUAUUGAACGAGGGGACAACCUUAUGAGGCAAAUGCCCCGCGGCAAUGGGGGCAACGGAGGAAACGGCGGAUAUGGAGGACAAGGACAAUAUGGAGGACAAGGAGGACAAGGAGGAGGAGGAGGAGGAGAUUAUGACUAUGACGGCAGUGGUUACGGCGGUGGUAGCAGGUGGUAG